UCGCCGACCCAGCACUAAUCAGCGCGACAAUUCUAACUGUUCUUUUUUCAUGUGGAGAGAGUUUUAAUUCGGAGAUUCUGGUUUAAUUGAUUAAAAAGGCAUAAAACUUGGAUACAACGAUGACAUCCUUUAACGCCGUCGGGGCAAUUUUGCCACUGGAUGAAUACUGGAAAAACUGUGUUCAUCCGAAACCGCUUAUACCGCCGAGUUACCCUGGAGCGAGAUUCCACACACAUAGUAAUCAGGCAGGCCCCACCCAAGAGGGUCAGACCAGGCAGGCAGAGCAACGGCAGGUUGGCCACCGCCAGCCUGGUAACGUGCGCUCCUACAAGGACGAAGAUGGCGAUAGCGACGAUGACGAGGAGCGUGUUGGAACAAGCGCGUCAUUGGAGAACUCACUGAACUGCAGCGCCGACAGCGAUUUUAAAUCGAACGUGAGUCAAAUGAACUACGAGAUGGAUGACUUUAAUAAGACCUACUGCGACGAGUCAACGUCGUGGCAGAGCGAGAGUUCCAACUCCGUCCAGGGCCGCCGUCCCAACGCCAACACUGCGCGCCCCAAUGUUGGCCAAAAGAGCAACGUCAAGUCCCGACUCAAUUUCAAAAACCGCUGGAACAAGCGAAAUGGAAACCAGAAGCCCCGCAAGAACAAUGGAAACACCAUUCAUCACCUGGGUGCUAACCAAAACCAGCAACAACAGCAGGCACGCUUCAUGAUGCAGGAACAUAUGCGCUAUGCAUAUAACUCCUUCAGGGACAAUACUGUGGAUCAGCCACCCAACGUACUAAUGAAUCAUACGAAUAAUUUGCAGACUAUUCCACAGAAUCCCCCGGAUAUGUUCUACUCAAGCACCGUCACCUCGAUGAUAGACUCGGUCGCCAAUCUGGCCGUUAGCCGCGUCCCUAAUCAAUCGUACGUGAGCUUCGAAACUCCAGGGCCAUCGUUGAACGCUGGCAAUGGUGCUCAAGCUCAGCUUAACACUCAGCCAAAUCCGGGCCACCAAGUGGAAUUAAACAAUUACACCGUCCAGCAGGUGGCGCGCCAUGUGAGUUUGAUGAUGACGACAGUGAGCAAUAUCGACACUCAAGAAACUCCCGAGUAUUUUAAGAGUAAGAAAUCGGGAAAUGCAGCCGGAGGGCAGUCCCAUAUAUACGACCAACCGGAGGGCUUUAACUAGACAGCCAAAUACUUCAAGUUUUAAGUUAGUUUAAGAUACGCGUUUAAAUUCUGUUUAGUUUUGGCGGUAAGCACCACUUGUGUGUGUGAAUUGCGCGUCGACGCCGCGAGGCAAGAAGAAGAAUGUGUCGAGGGCUGUGAAUGGCACCGAUUGAAUUUAGUUGUCGACGGAGACGGAGGGAGCUUCUUAUCCAUACAAUACAUAUUUCGGCUGAUAAGACAGGCUGUGCCGCUUAUCAGCAAUGCACAACAAAAAGUACGCACGGACGGGCGAGAUGUGAGAAGCGAAAGCGGACGAAAAUAGAAACAAACGGCGAUAAUUUUACAGCGAAGGCGAAUUUUCAUACAUAAGCGAGGUGCCGAUGGAGGAACACCGAAGAGGAAUAUAGAGUAGUAUUCAAUCAGUUAAUCUGCGAAGCAGUCGGAGCGUGGACGCGAAAAAAUGCUGGACGGGAACGAACGACUAGCGGGAUAUAGUGAGCAGUGACCGUAACUCCGGAUCGUUCUAAACGUUAACCUCAACUUAUUAGACAUAUGUACGCAUAUGUAUGUGCCUUGUCGAAUGUAGGACAACGCCUAACUGAGGGCAAUCUAAUUUGUUAAUUUUUAAUUGGUUUAAAGGCCAAAUAUCGCAGCAGAGAAUAAUCUCAUUUAGUUACCUGUAGAGCUUAGUAAAUCCACCGACUCGGAAUAAUAAUAUAUGAAAUAAAAGAUUAAGUUCCAUAAA